AUGGAAGAUAAUAAGGAUAAUGCUACAACACCAUUGCUUCCUAUAGCAAAUAACCCAGCUCUCGAUUUAAAACAGUUCGGAGCUCCUUUGGGACCUUUACUAAAACAGCAUAUGGGGGUAAGAACACAAAUCAAAGCAGCGCCGAUGCCAGGAAAAUUUACGUUAUCAUCACAAUUUAAAAUGGCGAGACCUGGUAAGGGGUAAUUCUUUAUUUGGCUUAAUGAAGAGAAUCCUUUAUUCUCUGAGAGUCUGGGUCACAAGAGACACUAUCCAGUCGCGUGGAUAGUGGCAAAAGAGUUGGGGGCGAAUAAAGUUAUUACGGUCGAGUAAAUGCUGGCUCGUCGUUGCUUAGAGCUGAGGUCCUUCUCUAUUAACAGUUCACAGGGAAGACAAGAAUUAGUCAAUUUGAGGAACAUUUGCUAACUAACUACGUUAUCAUCAUUAGUGCUUACAAUGGCAGCAAGCCAAUCUUUAUUUGGAAUGAUCGCAGCCUUUGUGUUUUGGAUUUUUGACACUAUUUUAGUACCGCUUAUAUGGCCAUUAUGAUGGUUACCUGUGGCUGCUGCUGCUGUCUAUAUUGUCUGUUUCCUAAUUAUAUGGCGUUUUAAAAAGAGACUAACUCCCCCCCCCCCUCCGUGAGUGAACAAAACCAUUAGAAAAAUCGCUAUUUUUUGACCAAAAACCCACCCUCCGUGAGUGAACAAAAAAUUUUUUUUAAUAGAAAAAUUUUUUAUGGAAAAAAAAAUUGAUAUAUAAGUGAUAAUUAGUAUAAUGAAAUCUAGAGCUAAUUCUGUUUAAUUUUAAACAAAUUGCGUUUUAAAACAUAAAUUUUAUAAAUUAAAAUUAAUAUUUGUUUCCCAAUUUUUGCAAAUUUAGGAUUUUUUUAAAUUUCGAAAAAAAAUAUUUUCUAUAAAAUUUAUAUAUAAAUUUUUUAAAAAAAAAAAUUAACCCCCCUCUGUGAGUGAACAAAAUUUUUUUUGUUCACUCACGGAGGGGGGGGGGAGUAAGGGUUUCAAGCUCUUGUAUCCUUUUUGUAGCCACUUUGAUGUUCAGUGAGGCAGUUUUGGUAGCUUUCAUCGCGAUGUUUUGGAAAGCAGAAUUAGUAGCUCUUUUAUUAGCACUUUAUGCCGUUUCUAUGUAUGCUUGUGCAAUGUAUUCUCAACUUGCUUUGGGGCAUUAUAGAUAUAAUGGAGGAAGAGCUGUGGCGUUAUUUAUAUUUAUUGGGUUCUUUGUGCUUAUGGCGAUAUUUUUAGAUAAGUGGAUCUUGAUCCCUAUGUGUAUUUGUGGAUCUGUAGUCGCUAUUUAUGAAUUUUUUAUGCUAUUUUUUAAUAAAAUAGUAUUUUUAUAUUAAAAUUAAAAAAAAAAUAUCAUUCAAUUAAAUAGCAUUUAUUAUUGAAAAAAUUGCCAGAUUAUUAGAAAAGCAUGAAGGGGAAGAAAAAUUUUUGGACGCAGUGUUUUACAAUCUAAUGGUAUAUAAACAAAAAAUCAGCUGGUUUUUGAUUGUGUUUACUAUUUGGGUCAGAGUUUAUAAAGCAUGCAAUAAAAAGCCAUUGCAUGAAACAACAGAAUCAACUGCAGUGACUACUUCAGGGGCUUCGGUGACUAAAAGUGUCUAA